UUCACAUCUCAAAAUCCCAUCACGUGCGCUGGCGCGAAGGCGCGUCUGUUCCGUCGCGUCCCUCGCUUCGUGAUUUGUUUGGAGGGGCCUGCAGCUGGGCAACCGGUUUGCUGGCUUGCGAAGCGCCUGACGACAUCACCACCCGGGCGCCGCCUCGAGUUCGCAUAUCGUGGCUGUAACGAGGAGAUAUGGCUCGGCCUAGGCAACUUACUUCGGUCAUUGUCUAAUGUGCGUGCGCCUUUCCGCUUUGUCUCCUCCUCAUUUUUGGCUGCCGCAACCCCUAAACGGAGUCCGACGCGUCAGCAAUGGAGGACGAAGACUUCGACGACUUCCCCGAUGAGGACAUGAUCCAGGCCCUUACCCAGGCUACGGAUGCUGCAGCGGCGCCUCUGACUGGGCAGACGAACCGUCGCGACCCCGACGUUGAUGCCUCUCCAUCCAGCCCAUCAGCGCCCCGCUCGCACCUACCCGACGUGCUCGGAAGCUCCGCAUCACUCAGCGGGACCCCAACCACCGGAGCCAGAGCAGAUGGGUCUGCCUGUGACUUGCCUUCAGGCUUGUUCGAUAGUUCGCCAGAGAAGCCCAGCCAUGCUCCGACCGGCGGCCCACGCCGAAUUCGAACAUCGGCCCAAAAACAAACCUUCCGCCAGACGACCCUUUGGGGCAGCACGAUCCGGGAGGAUCGCCCGACCGGGCUGCAGACCACUAACGGUCGCCCAUUCCGUGCCGAUCUGCCCCCGGAGACCCCGACGCACCACGAACUCAACCAUGGGGAAUUGUCAACCUGGGUCUAUCCCCUGAACCUGGGACCGAUCCGAGACUAUCAGUUCAGCAUUGUCAAGAACGGCCUCUUCAAUAACACCCUCGUGGCCCUGCCCACCGGCUUGGGCAAGACCUUUAUUGCUGCGACCAUCAUGCUCAAUUACUUCCGCUGGACCAAGCGUUCGAAGAUCGUCUUCGUGGCACCAACAAAACCCCUCGCGUCCCAGCAAGUCCAAGCGUGUCUCAAUAUUGCCGGCAUCCCACGGUCACAGGCGACACUUCUAACAGGCGAGACCCCUCCGGUCUUGCGCGAGGGAGAGUGGCAGAACAAGCGGCUAUUCUUCAUGACCCCGCAGACCCUGAUGAACGACCUGUCCAAGGGGUUCGCCGAUCCCAAAUCAAUCGUGCUCCUAGUCAUCGACGAGGCCCACCGGGCAACCGGGGACUACGCCUACGUCAAGGCCGUCGAGUUCAUCAGGCGCUUUUCGAAAAGCAUCCGGAUCCUCGCACUUACCGCCACGCCGGGGUCGACGGUGGAAGGUGUACAGGAAAUCAUUGACAACCUCGGCAUUUCCCACGUAGAAAUCAGGACCGAGGAGUCAAUCGACAUCCGCCGAUACGUCCAUUCGCGUAGUAUCGACACCGUGACCUUCGACCCUUCGGAUGAGAUGCACCAGGUGAGGGAUCUGUUCUCCAAGGCCCUUAAGCCUCUGGUGGACAAGCUGAGCUCGCAAAACAUCUAUUACGGCAGAGACCCGAUGAGCUUGACGACGUACGGGCUGCUCAAGUCCAGGAAUGAGUGGAUGGCUGGCCCUGGAAGGCACGUCAACCAGGGCACAAAGUUCAUGAUGGUGGCCGUGUUCAGCAUUCUUCAGAGUCUGGCCCACCUCAUCAAGCUGCUCAAUUUCCACGGAAUCAAGCCCUUUUACAACGGUCUAGCCGAGUUUAGGGCUUCCGAGGAGGCUAAGCCGGGACAGGGCUCGAAAAUAAAACGGCAGCUCCUUGCCGAUGAGAACUUCCAGAAGAUGAUGUCCAUGAUCGAACGUUGGAUGAGGCUGGACGAGUUCAACGGGCAUCCGAAAUUGACCUAUCUCUGCGAGAGGCUCGUCAAUCACUUCAUGGACGCCGGCGAGGGCGCCAACACACGAGCCAUUGUCUUCAGCGAGUACCGCGACAGUGCGGAGGAGAUUGUUCGCCUCUUGAACACUCAGCCGCUCCUUCGCGCCACCGUAUUCGUCGGACAGGCUGAUUCGAAGAGGAGCGAAGGAAUGAAGCAAAAGCAGCAGAUCGAGACGAUCGAGAAGUUCAAGAAGGGCGUCUUUAACGUCCUCGUGGCCACCUCCAUCGGCGAGGAAGGCCUCGACAUCGGUCAAGUCGACCUGAUCGUCUGUUACGACGCAUCGUCCUCCCCGAUACGCAUGCUGCAGCGGAUGGGGCGUACGGGGAGGAAGCGGGCGGGGAAUAUCGUCCUCCUCUUGAUGAAGGGAAAAGAAGAGGAAAAGUUCCUGGAGGCCAAAGACAAUUACCAGAAAAUGCAGCAGCUCAUCUGCAACGGCGACAGCUUUACCUUCCGCCACGACCUCUCUACGAGGAUCUUGCCGCGGGAGAUUAGGCCCGAGGUUGACAAACGGCUUGUCGACAUUCCCCUCGAAAAUUCGCAGGACCCGUCUCUUCCCGAGCCCAAAAAGACAGCAGCCGAACUGAGGAAGAAGCCGGCAAAAAGGAAGUUCAAUAUGCCCGACGGCGUGGAAACCGGCUUUGUGAAGGCGUCGUUUUUUGGCCAGGCUGCCGGGCGGACCGCGAAGGCCCCCAGGGUGCCAGCAGAAACCGAUUUUCUCGCUGAUGUGCCCGAGCUGGAAAAGGUCCUAUUAAGCAAGUCGCAGACAGACCACUUUGAGAGAGUCUACAAGAGCCUUCCGAAAGCGCCAUUCGACAAAGUGAAAGAGUUGGGGCUGGACGAGAUCAACCUUGGAGCCCAUCCAGCUGCCCAGCGCGUGCUUCGUCGCACCGUCAACCUGAAGCAUGGCGAGUACACGAAGAGAUGCGUGAAGCUCUUCAGGACCUUGGGCAAGUAUCAGGAUCCGUUGGCGCACUUCUUCCCUCCGUACGCUGAAGUUGAUCCAAAAUCGUGGGAACAGUUGCCAGUCAAACCGUUUGCAGACGAUAUCCUUGAUCAGCCGGUCAGGGGCGACAGAUUGCCAGCAGCUUCCACAACAAGCAGCAAGACUCCUGCGAGACCCAAAUCGAGUUUGGGUCGCAUCAGCGAGUCUGAAGAGACGGGUAACAACGAGGAAGAUCACGAGGACGACGACGAGGGGGCCGUAAACGGAGAGACAACACCGCAAAGGCGUCGAAGGCGUGGCGGGAGGACUGCUAGGAAGAGCCACGGUCGGCUCAAGAGUGUGGGCGAUCACCUCGAGGAUCUGGGAGAUGAUUGCAUGCGAAGCAGCGAUAUGGAAGAGACGGAUGGCUCCGACAGCGGUGCCGAUCUCGACGACUUUAUCGUUGCGGACGACGUUUUCUCAUCAGGCAACCGGCAGAGAUCAACAGGGCCUACAAGUCCUGGAUCGUCUAGCCUCUUCCUUAGAAAAGGACGCACAGAGCAAGAUCCGACGACGGCCGAAAGGCCGUUUUACGAACCGAUCGAGUUCGAUCCAACCCAGGACACAGACGACGAGAUGCCGGAUCUGAUUGAGCUUCAUGUUCAAAGCACGAAGAAGGCGGCAGGACCGCCGAGAUCCAGGACGACAUAUUUGGAAGAGGAGGACACUGAUUAUAGUCUAUCGGAGCUGUCUCCGCGCAGGCCGCAGGCGAAGAGGAGGCGACAAGUACUUGCCGAUAGUGACGAUGACGAUGACUGACUUGUCGGGGUGUUUGCGGCUUGCUCGUUGCACAGGGGCUCAUCGCUGCAAGAGUUGGACAGGCGGGCCGGAAUAGGAGAUACCCAGAUGUUGCUCGUGCUAAAGUUUUGGACUAGUGUGCUGUCUGUCAUUGCCCUGAUGAUGUAUGCCGCGGCUGAAUUGAUCAUAGCCUUUCUCCCCCCCCCCACGGGGAGGUAUCUCUACGGCACAUGACGUUCCAGUGACCAUUUCUGC